UGCAAGGGAAAGCUGUCAUUCCUAGCAGCACAAGACUGAAUACUGCAAAAAUAAAUAAGAAAGGCUGGAAAAAAAUAAUAAAUCUUCAGUCUUUGGAGAAUUGUAAAAAAGCUGCCAUUGUAUCUGCUUAUAAUCCCAAUUUCACUGCACAUUUGUCUAAUUUCAUCUCCUAUUGUUGGAUUUGGUGCUGCCAGGGGGAUCUGCCAUAGACAGUGUGUGUGAGCUCAGCAGUGCGGGUUUUUAGAACCGAGCUGGGGAACUUCCAAUUGUCAUGGUGAAAGAGGAAACAGUGGCUCAUUCUCAGGACCCAGGUCAGUCUACAGAGAAACCCCUGAUCCGGUGCCAUAAAUGUGGGGAACCAUGCAAGGGAGAGGUUCUCAGAGUCCAGUCCAAGCACUUCCACAUCAAAUGCUUCAUAUGCAAAGUUUGUGGCUGCGACUUGGCCCAAGGGGGAUUCUUCAUUAAGAACGGAGAGUACCUGUGUACACUGGAUUAUCAGCGCAUGUAUGGGACUCGCUGCAGCGGCUGUGGGGAGUUCGUAGAGGGGGAAGUAGUGACAGCCUUAGGAAAAACGUACCAUCCGAACUGCUUCGCAUGCACAAGCUGCAAGCGCCCUUUCCCACCAGGUGAUCGGGUAACCUUCAAUGGGAGGGACUGCUUAUGCCAGAGUUGUGCGGCACAGCCCAUGUCUCCAGGACCAAAAGAAUUGGCGAAUUCCAGCAGUUGUGCCGGCUGCGGAAGGGACAUUAAGAAUGGGCAGGCGUUACUUGCACUGGAGAAACAGUGGCACCUGGGCUGUUUUAAAUGCAAAUCUUGUGGAAAAGUCCUAACUGGAGAAUAUAUCAGCAAAGAUGGCGCUCCGUACUGUGAAAAGGAUUACCAGGUGCUAUUCGGUGUGAAGUGCGAGGCGUGCCAUGAUUUCAUCACUGGGAAGGUACUGGAGGCUGGGGACAAACACUAUCAUCCGAGUUGUGCACGAUGCAGCAGAUGCAACCAAAUGUUUACCGAAGGAGAGGAAAUGUACCUGCAAGGUUCAACAGUCUGGCAUCCCGACUGUAAGCAAACCACCAAGACGGAAGAGAAGCUGCGGCCCACAAGAUCAUCAUCAGAAAGUGUCUAUUCUAGGCAAGGUUCCAGUAUCGCUGGAUCUCCUGGCCAUACCAUUUGUGCGAAAGUAGAUAAUCAGAUACUGGAUUACAAGGAUUUAGCUGCGAUCCCCAAAGUCAAAGCCAUUUAUGACAUAGAACGUCCUGAUCUUAUAACUUAUGAGUCCUUUUAUACGUCCACCUAUGAGGAUCGACAGGAUAGGCAGAGUAUUGGAGAGUCCCCCCGGACACUGUCUCCAACACCCUCUGCAGAGGGUUAUCAGGAUGGAAGAGAGAGAAUAAUCCAAAGGUCAACUAGUCAAGGUUCUAUCAACUCUCCAGUGUACAGUCGCCAUAACUACACACCAACCAUGUCUCGUUCUCCACAGCAUUUCCACAGACCUGGCACUGAGCCAUCCAGCGGCAGGAACUCCCCACUCCCUUAUCGACCAGACAGCCGCCCACUAACACCAACAUACGCUCAGACCCCUAAACAUUUCCAUGUUCCAGACCAAGGCGUGAAUAUGUACAGAAAACCUCCUAUCUACAAGCAACAGGAUUCAGCUGCAAUGGCAGCAAUGACCAACUGCUCCGAGGAUAUCAUCAAGUCCUCCAAGUUCCCUGCCGCCCACGCUCCAGCACCCAACGAGAUCCCAAAGAUUGAGACAGACUACUGGCCAGGUCCUCCCUCACUUGCUGCCUUAGGGUCUGACCCUAGAAGGCACUCAAGUGCUCGGGAUGAGGACGAUGAAGAGUUACAGCGGCGCCGUCAAUUACAGGAAGAGCAGCUGAUGAAGCUCAACUCAGGUCUGGGUCAACUCAUAUUGAAGGAAGAAAUGGAAAAAGAGUCAAGAGAAAGACCUCAUUCUGCUGGUAGAUACGAUUCCCCACUCAUAACUUCAUUACACUCUGACUCAUCCAAAACCAACUCCCUUCCAGGAUAUGGAAGAAAUGGUCUUCAUCGGCCUAUGUCAACGGACUUUGCUCAGUACGAUAGUUAUGGAGACAUUAGUGGAGGAGUUCGGGAUUAUCAGUCGCUACCAGAUGGCCACGUUCCUGCAAUGAGAAUGGAUAGGGGCGUGUCUAUGCCUAACAUGUUGGAGCCAAAGAUUUUUCCAUAUGAAAUGCUCAUGGUUACCAACAGAGCACGUAACAAGAUACUGAGAGAAGUUGACAGAACCAGGCUGGAGCGUCACCUUGCACCAGAGGUGUUUCAAGAGAUCUUUAAGAUGACUAUACAGGAAUUUGACAAAUUGCCACUUUGGAGACGCAAUGAAUUGAAAAAAAGGGCCAGACUUUUCUAGUAUUGCUCCGGAUCAUCAGCAAGCUGCAAUGAGCGAUACAUAUCAAUCCAAUACUACCCCCUCUGAUACUAAAGGGAAUAUUUGUAGGGGGUUAAUGCUAUUGGUCAGGAUCAAGGAUCGCUGGUCACUGAAAUGCUCUGUAGGUGUGCCACUGGACAGAAAAGGGCAAACCUCUUAUAACUGCCACACAGUUAAAUCACGUUGUGCCCACAUUAUCCAAAUAUGGGAGUGGAUGUGAGAUGCCUAUGUGUUUAUUUUGUGUGCGUGCGUGUUUUUUUGUGAAAAUGAAUUUAAUUUUUAAGUCCAAAAAUACUGGGUAUUUUUAGCCUAGCUUGGACUAGAUUUUAUCCUGACCCACACACACACACACACACACACAUAUAUAUAUAUAUAUAUAUAUAUAUAUAUAUACACACUUUUUUUUUUUUUUUAAAUCCCCAUAUUUUAAUUAAUUCCAAAAGAUUUGACAAAUCUUUUUUUUGUUUUCUUUAACUGUUUUAAAGAUCAAACUAAGUUUUAGCAAUCCCAUUAUAACACCAAGCUAUCACCUUUAACUGACCCAGCCUAGGAAUGCUACCUUUUUCUGUAAGGUUUCCUCUUAAAUACUUUUUACCAUAUAUUAUUUGGGAACAACACAUUUUCACCUAGUAGUUGUAGAGACAAAUUAUUGCACAUUAUCUCUGUGGCUGUUAUAAUGGGCUUGUGCAGUAUAUUUAUACAAAGUAGACAUGCUUUUCCUUCUUUAAUUUGGGUGUCUUGCUGCUUUUUGUAGGGUCUUUUAUUUUGGACACCAACUGUCUUCUCAUACCUAUGCAUUCUUUGGUCACUGAUGGUGUCAGUUGGGGUUUAAAUAUCAAACACUCCAACCAAAUGUGUGAUUGAAAGGAAGAAGCUUUCAGAACAUAAAACAACCAUAAACAUUUUACAUCCCGUUUGCGACAAGAACAAGACAUGUUCCACAUAGUAUAUAAAUAUUUGUUUUAUAAAAUCUAUACACUUCCAUGCUUAGCUUGAUGCAUAUCCUCCUGAUGUUCAGAUGUCACACUGCCAUUGACCUGUUGGCAACAUCAGAUCUAAUUUUCUUGUAGUAGUGAGUGGGUUCUAAAAACUAACUAUAUGAAUGACUGUAAAGUAUAUCUUCCAAUACAGCUUGGAUUUAUGUUUCAGUAAAUCCUGGGUAUGUUUAAUACACUCCAUAAAACAACUUGCAUGUUCUCCCCCAGUUGCAUGGACAAUCUGUCUUGUAUUGUGCCGACCUGACCGGCAUCAAACGAUUAUAAUUAUGUUUUAAGCCAACGUCCUUAGAAAUGCUUUGGGGGAGCCUAUAGAAGCAAACAGUUACUCCAAAUAUCUUUCCUUUACAUUGGUCUAUAAACCUAUAUAUAUAUUGAUUGGGUUUUAGGAACUUUCAGUAAUAUACCGAGUAUAGAAAAGGAGUGUGCUUACAAGAGGGUGAUUUUUACAUGACCGUCCCAGGAGUAUACGUUCCCUUUGCAAUGGUGCUUUCUCUCUAGGGCUUCUACAUCAGUAUUGAGUCUCUUGCCUAUAUACAAUAUGUACUAUUUAAGCAAAAUGUAAAGAUUUCUUUUUUUUUUUUUUUUAUUUAGUAUGUAUUGGAAAGUUGUUUAGAGCAAAACAUAUUCCAGGUUGAUUUCUAUUACUGAGAGUGUUUGCAAAGCAAACUGUAACUUGGAAAUGUGUAUAUUAUGCUGUCUAUAUCAGGAAAAUAUGUGAGGCAGCUAACUCUCUUUCUAUCUUUCCCUUUUCUGUAUACAUGAAGGUGCAUAUGUAAUUACAACAGAAAAGAAAGCAUGUAUGAUGGAGUAAGCCGAUCAUCACUCUUUUGACAAGCUUGUGUAAUGGAGCAAGUUGAUAACCAGUCUAUUGAAAAGUUUGCAUUUAAGUUGAUAACAGUCUAUUGACAAGCUUGUGAAAUGGAGUAAGUUGAUAACCAGUCUAUUGACAAGCUUGUGUGAUGGAGUAAGUUGAUAACCAGUCUAUUGACAAGCUUGUGUGAUGGAGUAAGUUGAUAACCAGUCUAUUGACAAGCUUGUGUGAUGGAGUAAGUUGAUAACCAGUCUAUUUGACAAGCUUGUGUAAAGAAGUAAGUUUAUCAUCAGUCUAUUGACAAGGUUGUGUAAAGAAGUAAGUUUAUCAUCAGUCUAUUGACAAGCUUGUGUGAUUGGAUUAAGUUGAUCAGUAGUCUUUUGACAAGCUUGAGUGAGGGAUUAAGUUGAUCAUCAGUCUAUUGACAAGCUUGUGUGAUGGAGUAAGUUGACCAUUACUCUAUUGACAAGCUUGUGUAAAGAAGUAAGUUUAUCAUCAGUCUAUUGAAAGCUUGUGUGAUGGAGUAAGUUUAUCAUCAGUCUAUUGACACGCUUGUGUGAUUGGAUUAAGUUGAUCAGUAGUCUUUUGACAAGCUUGUGUAAAGAAGUAAGUUUAUCAUCAGUCUAUUGACAAGCUUGUGUGAUGGAGUAAGUUUAUCAUCAGUCUAUUGACAAGCUUGUGUGAUGGAGUAAGAUGGUAACCAGUCUAUUGACAAGCUUGUGUAAAGAAGUAAAUUUAUCAUCAGUCUAUUGGCAAGCUUGUGUAAAGAAUUAAGUUUAUCAUCAGCCUAUUGACAAGCUUGUGUGAUUGGAUUAAGUUGAUCAGUAGUCUUUUGACAAGCUUGAGUGAGGGAUUAAGUUGAUCAUCAAUCUGUUAGCAAGCUUGAGUGAUGAAGGUUAUCAUCAGACUAUUGACAAGCUUGUGAAAUAGAAUAAGGUUAUCAUCAGUCUAUUGACAAGCUUGUGUAAUGGAGUACGUUUAUCAUCAGUCUAUUGACAAGCUUGUGUAAUGGAGUAUGUUUAUCAUCAGUCUAUUGACAAGCUUGUGUAAUGGAGUACAUUUAUCAUCAGUCUAUUGACAAGCUUGUGUAGUGGAGUAUGUUUAUCGUCAUCUUAUUAACAAGCUUAUGUAAUGGAGUAUGUUUAUCAUCAGCUUAUUAACAAGCUUUUGUAAUGGAGUAUGUUUAUCAUCAGCUUAUUAACAAGCUUUUGUAAUGGAGUAUGUUUAUCAUCAGCUUAUUAACAAGCUUGUGUAAUGGAGUACGUUUAUAAUCAGCUUAUUAACAAGCUUGUGUAAUGGAGUAUGUUUAUCAUCAGCUUAUUAACAAGCUUUUGUAAUGGAGUAUGUUUAUCAUCAGCUUAUUAACAAGCUUGUGUAAUGGAGUACGUUUAUCAUCAGCUUAUUAACAAGCUUUUGUAAUGGAGUACGUUUAUCAUCAGCUUAUUAACAAGCUUGUGUAAUGGAGUAUGUUUAUCAGCUUAUUAACAAGCUUUUGUAAUGGAGUACGUUUAUCAUCAGCUUAUUAACAAGCUUGUGUAAUGGAGUAUGUUUAUCAUCAGCUUAUUAACAAGCUUUUGUAAUGGAGUACGUUUAUCAUCAGCUUAUUAACAAGCUUGUGUAAUGGAGUAUGUUUAUCAUCAGCUUAUUAACAAGCUUGUGUAAUGGAGUAUGUUUAUCAUCAGCUUAUUAACAAGCUUGUAUGAUGGAGUAAUUGAUCAUCACUUCAUGUUUUACAGCUUCCCUCUCAUCUCUGACAAAACUUUGCAAGUGCACUGUUUGGUUCACACAACAAACUGCUAUUUCCUGCAGUUAUGUCCUGACUUCCAAUACAUUAUACAGCACUAGGCUCAAAUCCAUAUGUUCAUAACAGGUGUUACUAGUGUCCUGAUGUAAAAACAAAUUUUGUUGAAUAAACCUCAUUCAAUAUAAACAUUCAAGGGUAAAAAAAAAGAUAAUAGAGCUGUUACAAUCGAAAACAGUAACAAUAUUCAUGUUAUGCAAUAGUUAUGGGUACUUCAAGCUUUCUUUUAGUUGAUAAAAUGUCAAGUAAUAAUUAUAUGGAAAAUACAUAUAAUUUGUAAAGUUUUGGUAGCCACUAACAACUCUGUAAUAAAUAAGCACUGCAAUAAUCUAAUCUCCUACAUGCUUUGAUGUACUGGAUUAUUGUAGAUGGAAAAGUAACAAUUUGCAAAAAGAAAACAUGAAGCUAUUUUUUAAGGGUAAUUUCGCAUCCAAAAAGCAUUUCUGAAUACUAUGCCUUAAAAAUAAGCAAAUAUUGCUCUGGUAGCUUAGUACCUGCAAUAAAUAAUACUUUACUUUUCUGCAGUGAUACUCAUGGGAAGGUGCUGCAAGCUCUGGGUAGACUCAUUUUGUUAUAUUUUAUUUUUUAAAAGUACUCACGCCCCACUCCGGGCUGUAUAUUAUAUUUAGUUCAAGACAAGUGGGUGGUACAGCCAAUAGGGAUAGUAUCAUUUGCUCUGUUGAAAGCUGCAUUCAGUUCUCAGUCAGCAGUGUGGGACAAUACGACGAUAGAGUUCAACAGAGUGGGCUGUACCAUUCUCCUUAGCUCUACCUACUGCUUGUCCAGAGUUUAAAAACAAAACAAAAACAGCAGAGUGUGGGGCAGCAGAAUGGUACUUGAAUAAUGAAUACACUAUUUAUAAUGUGUUUUCAGCUGUCAUAUUAACAUGGACAAUAUUUCUUCCUCAUGCUGUGAUAUGUUUACUAGAGAAUCCUGUAAAAUGUGAGCUCCCAAUGCUUUCAAAAUAUGGAUAUUUACAUAAAUCUACAAUAAAGCAAUCACAAAAGGGGAUUAAAGGGACAGGACAAAAUUAACCUUUCAUGAUUUAUGUGUCCUGUUUUUUUAAGGACUGAUUAGCCCCAACCCCAACACUCUUACUCAACACCAACCUCCCCAACCAGCUAGACUCACUUCCUGGCCAACUUCACUCUCACUCUAAUGUGUGUCUCUCCCUAAUUUGUAGUGACUCUGCCCCCAGGUCUCCCUGACUAAGCCACUAGCCUCCCAGUCCAAAAUAGUCUCAGUGAGGUAAUUGCAUCUUGGGCACUAUUUUGCAGCAGUGUUUACAACAUUUGUAACAAUGUUACACAUAUAGAGCUCAAGAUAUGGACACACUCAUGAGCCUACCACAGUAGGCUCUCAUGAAAAAAAACAAACAAUUUCAACAAAGGAUACCAAUAGAGCAAAGAUAAUUUAACAGCAGUAGUAUUUAAAAGCAUAUACUCUAUCUGAAUCUGAUAGGUUUAAUUUUGACUCAUGUUCCUUUAAAUUCUUGUACUUUUAAAUAUAUAAUUUCCUCUGAAACAAAAAGUAUCAAAACAUUAAUAAUAUGUAUCUGGUCCUGUUGUUGAUCAUCUGCUAUUUUUCCUACUCCUCUAAACUUGUUAAGUUUUUAUCUACUUUUGAGUUCUAUUAAACUGCAAAAGCAA